AUGUCAGCGCCACCCAAAGAAGACUGCCAGAAUGAAGGGACCGUUCGAGGGAAGGAUGCCAGCUUAACCUACGACGCCGUGGAGGGCAUCCUUAUCAUUGAAGGCGACUCCGGGCACGAGACCAUUCUCGACCGCAGCGUUAUCGCUGUCGUCGAUGGGAGAAAGGAUGGAGAAUCUGGUACCAAAAAUCAGCAAAUUCUGCUCCUCUACCAACUCCCAGGAGCGCACUACAGGUUCGAGGAUGUCCAAGUCACGAAUUUGCCGCAGUCAUUCAUAGACGCCAACGUAAUCUCGCCUGGUUUUGGGCAACUAGUGCCUUCCAGAAGUGCAUCCGAAGGCAGCGGCUCCGUUCCAAGUCUAUAUGUCGUAAUAUCCAUCGGUUCUGGUACAGGUGAAGCACAAGGAUUCUUUGAUAAUGUUGUCAAGCCAGCAUUUACUGCUAGUGGCGUUCAACCGUUUUCCUAUCACGUUCAUACUACGAACUCUAACAAGAGCAUCGAGAGGCUUAUCAGCGCGGUGAUACUGCCUCGAGCGAAUGAAGGCGUGUCUCAAACAGUCCUGCUUUUAUCAGGCGACGGCGGUGUGGUCGACACCAUCAAUGUGUUGCUCUCUUCGACGAGAAGCGGACAAUACGUCAAGCCAGCAAUCGGCCUUGUUACCAUGGGCACUGGCAAUGCUUUGGCUAACUCUACAGGCCUGAAUCGCGAUCUGACGCGAGGUCUUCGUCACUUCUAUCGUGGACAAGCCCACCCGUUACCAACGUUGACUGCAACGUUCUCCCCAAAUUCGGAAAUUCUGUUCAAUGAAGGUAGACAGACCGAGCCUGUAGCGCCACCUGCUGCUGAUGCCGGAGAAAUGUACGGAGCUGUGGUCUGCAGCUGGGCUCUUCAUGCUUCUCUAGUGGCCGACAGUGAUACGGCGGAGUACCGCAAAUUUGGUAGUCAACGUUUUCAGAUGGCUGCAAAAGAACUGCUUUCACCGUCUGAUGGCUCUGCACCGCAUGUUUACAAGGGUCAAAUCACACUGGUCAAGCUCGACGAGAAUGGCCAUGAAAUUCAGCAGAUGCUGGAUGCGCAGGAACAUGGGUACAUACUAGCCACACUGGUCUCUAACCUGGAAGAGAAACUUACCGUCUCUCCUCAUUCGAAGCCUCUGGAUGGCCAGCUACGCUUAGUGCAUUUUGGCGCUAUUCCUAGCGAAGAAGUGAUGAAAAUUUUGGGACUAGCAUUCCAAGGCGGAGCCCAUAUUGAUAAUGAAACGGUCGGCUACGAGAGCAUCGAGAGAUUUAGGAUCGACUUCGAUGAAUCAGAUGGUCGCUGGCGAAGAGUGUGCGUAGAUGGGAGAAUCGUCCGAGUGGGUGAAGGCGGAUGGGUGGAGGUGAGAAAGAACACUAGCGUGGAUGUCAUCGAUAUCAUUGUCGAUUUGAGACUUCAAAACAUACAAGAGGGUUCUAAUCCUGGCAGCCUCGGACCUCUGCCAGCAAUCGGCUGGCGCGUAUCUCCGGAGACAGUCGCACAGCGCCAGAAGAUGCUGCUCGUGCAUCAAGUCGGAUCCGUGCGGGUUGGAGAGGUAGUACGCUAUACACUCACAUACACGCCCUCGCUUGACCGAAUACUGCCAUCACCUACAUACUUGCAUGUCAAGAUCAAGAAUUCAUCAGCAAUACCUCUCCGAGCCGCGUACCUCCACGGUCCAUAUACCUUAUACACCGCCUGCUACCCUGCAACAUUCGAUCCGAAUUACAAGUACGAGAAACCAUCUCAAGAAAGCUGUCCAGAAUUUGAGCCCAAUCUUAAGGCUGGGGGCAGCUGGACGAGUCGUUUGACUGUGCCGGAGAACAUACGGGAGACGGCUGGAAAAGCAAAUGUGAAAAGAGGGACCGAUGGUUCUACUCCGAGCUUUACGUGGAUAAUUGAGAUCUCGUCACAGGUCAUAUUUUCUACAUCAGCUUCGGUCAAUUUCGAGCUUCUCGUGGGCAGGGACGAGAAGUCAGUAGAGCUUGGGUUUUCAUCUUUAACGGGUCAAGCGGUAGCCACACCCGGCCAAUUACAGGAUCAUCAGCAAAGUAAGAGGAGCAAAACCGGCCACAGUGCAGCGCAGCCCAAAGGAGUGUUUUCACAUGCAGUGACUCUGGUAGUCGAAGAUACGGAGAGCUUGUGGAAUAAACCAGCUCUGCCGGAGUGGGAUGAUGAAGGGAAGGACAGGGGCAAAAGGCGCAGCUACCCUGAUCCUGGAGAGGGGAAUGACUUCUCCUCGAGGAACGUAGCGGGUGAAGCGGGAACCAGUGAUGAAAACAAGAAGAAAGAGCCAAAAGCCAAGAAGCGGAGACGAGUUCACUUGGUCGUUCUCACUCACGGCCUGCACAGCAACCUCGGAGCUGAUAUGCUUUAUUUGAAGGAGAGCAUUGACGCAGCAGCAAAGGAGGCUCGCCAGAGUGCUAGGGAGAGAAGGGCGCACGAAAAGUCCAAGCACACAUCAAGUUCGUCCGACGGUGCAGCUCAACCAAAGAACGAGAGCGCCAGUUCUAAGAAGGAUCAGCCAGACUCGUCUACUGCUCCUUUGUCUGGCGGUCAGGAUGAUCUUGACGCGGGAGCCAAUGUUGACGAGGAAGAUGAAGAAGAAGUCAUUGUCAGAGGUUUCGAUCGCAAUGCCACUCGUACGGAGCGAGGUAUACAGUAUCUAGGCAAGCGGCUCGCAAAAUGGGUGCUCAACAUGACAUUUCCGGAUCAACCGUACCUACCUGUGAAGAAGUCUCUUCCAAGGAAGCUUUCCAGAGUCUUCACUGGCGACCAGAAAUCAGACACUCAACAAAGCCCAGCUCAACAUAACCACAGCAGCAUUCAUCGUCCAGCGAAAAAGCCUAAUGACUUAGCGUACAAGAUUACGAGCAUCAGCUUCAUCUCACAUUCUCUGGGUGGCCUGACCCAGACGUACGCUAUUGCCUACAUUCAUAAGCAUUCUCCCAACUUUUUCAAUGAGAUUAAGCCAAUCAACUUCGUCGCCAUGGCUGCGCCGUUUCUUGGGCUGAGCAAUGAAAACCCGCUAUAUGUCAGGUUUGCCCUUGACUUCGGACUUGUUGGGAGGACCGGACAAGAUCUCGGCCUGACAUGGAGGGCCCCGACCAUGAUGCGGAGUGGAUGGGGUGCCAUGAUUGGCGGCAUCGGCUCGGAGGGCCAACGAGCACACAGACAGCCAGAUCCCGGAUCGAAACCCCUACUACGUAUCUUACCGACAGGUCACACACACCAGGUCUUGAAGCUGUUCAGGAAUAGGACAGUCUACUCGAAUGUUGUUAACGAUGGCAUCGUGCCUCUACGGACUUCGUGUCUUCUAUUCCUUGAUUGGAGUGGUCUAGAUCGAGUGGAGAAGGCCAGAAGGGAUAAUGGUCUAAUUGGUACUAUGGCAGGUUGGGGUUGGUCAGAGAUUACGGGUGCCAAUAAAAGCUCAAACAAACAUCUCCGCGCCGACAACGGCAAUGAUGCUUGGUCGCAGUCAGACAUAAGUGGUGACGAGGGCGCCAGUCAAGGAAGAAAGGCUGCAGUACCUCAGCCGGAGGAAAAUGCAGUCCGGGAUGACACGACGGCAGAAGGAAACGAAAGCCGAGCGAGCAAAAAACAUCCUGACCCUCAAGGUAAACCAUUCGAAGACGAGGACUAUGAUGCUACAAAAGCUGAGGAGCCAACGUCCCAUCAGCCAGCACAUCCUCUGGCUGGUUUGCUUUCUUUUCUUCGCCCCAGUCAGCCCAAGAGCCAGCCCAAGAGCCAUCAUCACUCUCCCAAAAAUACCAAGAUCUACAAGAGAAGCCAGACUACCAAUCGUACCGCGGAUGAUGUGGCAAGCAUGUCCUCAGAGGGCUCGUCCGCAGCCGGGGUAUCUCUGGGUCGCCCAGGGACUGUCAGAGGCGAUUCGAUCAUCGAAAAUCCCAACAAUGAUUUUGCUCCUCCAAAAACUACUAUCUUCGAGGCUGCGGGUGACGUCUUGAAUCCCCCUUUGCCGACAAGGGAGUUCUUGACCAAUCCCCAAGGUCGACCGCGCACUAUUUUCCAUGAUCGUGUCUACCAUCCUGAAGACAUACCACCUCCGCCUACCAAAAGAAAGCGAGAAGGUUUAAAGAGGACUUUUUCGAGCGAGUCUCGGAACGGCCCUUCUCGCGUCAACACAGACUACGAUGGCCAAUUCAAAGAGACUCCGGACAUGAGCAGCAUGAAAGUGGAAGAAAAGAUCGCACGAGCCUACCAUCAUGGCCUAUCAUGGCGCAAAGUACUCGUCCGUCUCGAGCCCGAUGCACAUAAUAAUAUGGUAGUCCGACGCAUGUUCGCAAACGCCUAUGGCUGGCCGGUAAUCAAGCAUCUUGUUGACACUCACUUCGCUGACACCUAUGCUGCUACAACGGCAGAUGUGGAUGAGCCGAACAAAGAACGCGCCAAACCACCAACAGAAGCUGUAGGCGAGCAUGGCGAGGAAGUGCGUGCUGACGCGCCCAGGGAAAUGAAGCGCAGUGAUAGCGAACGGUAUGAAGCUAAAGACAGCAUCUCUGAGCUUACAAAUGUGGAAGACCACAGUAUGAGUAGCAGCAUUAAUCGCCCCAACAUUUCCAGACAGGACUCCGCGCAGUGGGAUGACUCAAUGUUUGACGUUACCGACGAUGAUGAUGAUCUCGACCAACCGGGCAGUACGGGCCACGGCUCUUCCUUUUCGAACGCUGAGUCGACGAAGGGUACUUCAGAGGCUGAGAUCGCGGAGUUUUUGACAAGGUCACCGCUUCCAGUUGAUGAAAAUGCAAAGGCAAAAUCGGCAACGAAGGCUCCGUCUGGAGGGACAUCCUCUGUUGGGCUAGGCAAGUCAGUUGAAGAGCGCUUGAGUCCUGGCAAGUCUAGGAGGCGGACCAUGGAGGGUCAAGGAGACGGUGGAAGUGGGAAUCUUGAGGAUGAAGUUACGAGGAUACGCAUUGGAGAUGGCCAAUGA